CCUCCAAACAGUACAGACCCCCCUCCUCUCACAGACGCGCAUACUGUAACAACCUCUCUGUUUGCAUUAAGCUCUUCAAGCCCGCUUCUCACCUCACAGCAGGUCACACAACGUGUGCAGGAGCCAAACACGCAGCGGAAAACUCUCACUGUGGUCUCACAUUGUGUAUCAUCAGAGGCUCACUGUCACAAUGGGUGUCCCUCCCGUCUCUAAAGCCUGUCAUUUUAUGAUGAAGCCUACUUAUAAACCCCACAUACCGAGCUAGCAAUACAUUUUCUUCCCAUUAGUGCUUUUAGAACAGAACUAAGAGGUUUUUAAAUCCAUUUUGUGGUAGAAAUUUAUUAAUAAACACAGAUUACCAAAUAAGUCACUGAUACACCACAAUAAAUUGGCUUUUUUUUUUACACUCUGAUUGUUUAAAUUAAAUUGAAUUGCAAGUAGUGAUGGAUACAACUACACUAGCAACCCUUGCUGUGGCCACCACCGUGGCUCUGGCUCAGUCUACCAUGUCAGGCUACUUGUGGCUGUUGGUGGUAGGCUUCAUCAUUGCUUUCAUCCUGGCUUUCUCUGUGGGGGCAAACGAUGUAGCCAACUCCUUCGGUACUGCAGUGGGCUCUGGCGUGGUCACCUUGCGUCAGGCCUGCAUCCUGGCCACUAUCUUUGAGACAGUGGGCUCAGUGCUGCUGGGGGCCAAAGUCAGCGAAACCAUCCGAAAGGGGAUUAUUGAUGUCCAGAUGUACAAUGGCUCUGAACACAUCCUGAUGGCAGGAUCGAUAAGUGCAAUGUGUGGCUCUGCUGUGUGGCAGCUGGCUGCAUCAUUCCUGAAGCUCCCCAUUUCUGGAACCCACUGUAUUGUUGGAGCCACAAUUGGCUUUUCCAUGGUAGCCAGAGGUCACCAAGGGGUCAAAUGGAUGGAGCUACUGCGCAUUGUGGCAUCCUGGUUCCUGUCACCUGUGCUGUCUGGCAUCAUGUCAGGAAUUCUCUUCUAUUUUGUUCGCAAAUUCAUUCUGAACAAGGCUGACCCUGUACCCAACGGCCUCAGAGCUCUUCCUAUCUUCUACGCCACAACCAUGGGCAUCAACCUCUUCUCCAUCAUGUUUACAGGAGCACCGCUGCUGGGUUUUGACAGAGUGCCAUGGUGGGGUACCCUGUGCAUUGUGCUGGGCUGUGCUUUCAUCACAGCUUUGAUCGUUUGGUUCGUUUUCUGUCCAUACCUCAAGAAGAAAAUCAAGCGAGAAACAACUGAUGCUCCCUGUGAAACUCCACUCAUGGAGAAGAACUCCAGCAAACCUGCUCCAGCAGAGCAGCCCUCAAUACGUCAUGACCCUCAACCCCAGACUCCUCCAGCAGACACUCAAAUGGUGGCAUUCAAACUCGGAGGCUCAGAGGAAGCUGACUUGGACAACAAUGACAUGGAAAACAAAGACCUGGACAUCAGCAAUGUUCUGAAUGGCAAUAUUGGCCCCAUGAUGAUCACCGAUCCUCACAGUGGACGGUCCCACACGAUCCACAAAGAUUCUGGUCUUUACAAAGACCUGCUACACAAGCUUCACAAGGCUAAGGUCGGUGACUGCAUAGGUGACAGUGAUACAGAGGAGCGGCCCAUCAGGAGGAACAACAGCUACACCUCCUACACCAUGGCUAUUUAUGGCAUUCAAGGAGAUCCUAAAUACAAAGACCUGGAUGAUGGGCUGCAGAGAAGAUCGAGGGUGGACAGUCACAGCAGCUACAGCUCAGUGCUGACCAAUGGGAGUGUAGUCCAAGAAGAGAGUCUGACUCAGGAAGCUGGCAUGGACCUUGGUCUGGAAGAGGAUGAGCUUGAAGUCGACCAACCAGCUGUCGCUUUGCUUUUCCAGUUCCUGCAGAUACUCACAGCAUGCUUUGGCUCCUUUGCUCACGGAGGGAAUGAUGUCAGCAAUGCGAUUGGUCCACUGGUGGCUCUCUGGCUUCUGUAUGAAAGCGGCUCUGUGAUGUCCAACACACCAACACCCAUUUGGUUGCUUCUUUACGGAGGAGUGGGUAUCUGCGCUGGACUCUGGGUAUGGGGACGAAGAGUGAUGCAGACCAUGGGCAAAGACCUUACACCCAUUACACCAUCCAGUGGAUUCAGCAUUGAGCUAGCAUCAGCACUCACAGUUGUUGUGGCAUCCAAUGUUGGUCUUCCUGUCAGCACAACCCACUGCAAGGUGGGGUCUGUGGUGGCUGUUGGAUGGCUGCGCUCAAGGAAAUCAGUUGACUGGCGUCUGUUCAGGAACAUCUUCAUCGCCUGGUUUGUCACAGUUCCUAUCUCUGGGCUGAUCAGUGCUGCCAUCAUGGCUCUCUUCAUAUAUGUUGUUCUGUGAGCCUCACACUGCCCUGCCACACUGUUACUUCAACUGACGGACUGUUACUUACAGAUUUUGUUUGACUGACUGACUGACCAACUAAACACGUUGUUUGGUCCUAUUAAUGAUUUUUAUAUGAUGCAAUGUCAUGUCAAGGUCAAGCCAAUUAUAUUACCUCACAGGAAUAUGUCCAUGAAUGAUGUAGGAUCUAAUAACACUGUUCAAACAUCCUGUGAUCCCUUUGUAUAUUUGUAUAAAAGCAAUAUGUAUUAUAAAUCAAAUAAUUCACUUGUGACUGACACCAUACAAAUAACAGUUAUAUUCUCUGUUUGCAUAUUUGGAUGUAAUAAAACAAGGAGUUGCUUGAUUUGCAGGAAUUUCAAUGUAUUUUACUCACUAUUAAACAUUUUCCACUGAA